AGUGAAUUAGUUAAGAAAGUGUCAAGCAAAUCAUCAAACCAGCUCGCAAUAAUGAAUUCCUCCCCUUUAACAAAACAGCCCAAUCUUCCCUGUAUAGAUUUUUCACAAGAAAACACAAAGCAAGGCUCAACUUCUUGGUUAGCAACAAGCAAAAAUGUGGUGAGUGCACUUGAAGAAUAUGGUUGUUUCCUUGCAACAUACAAUGACAAUUUCUCACCAGACCUUCACAAUGCAAUAUUCGAAUCAACCAAACAGUUAUUUGAUCUCCCACUCGAAACCAAACUGCGAAACACAUCCAAGACACCUUCCCAUGGCUAUGUUGGCCAAGAGCCUGUGGUUCCUCUGUACGAAGGCUUAGGUAUCGAAAACGCGACCACUCUGCAGGGAGCUCAUGCUUUCACUAAUCUCAUGUGGCCCUCCGGAAAUGCAACUUUCUGUGAAACAGCACGUUUGUUUACUGAAGUUGUUGCUGAAUUGGAUCAAAUAGUAAUGAGAAUGGUUUCUCAGAGCUAUGGAAUUGAGAAGCACUAUGAACGUCUUCUGGAAUCAACCUCUUAUCUUUUUCGACUCAUAAAAUAUCGACAACGCCACGAGAAGGAAACCUCUUUAGGAAUCGUGCCUCAUACAGACAAGAGCUUCAUGUCAAUUCUGCAUCAGCAUCAAGUUCCAGGUCUGGAGAUUAAAUCAACAAAUGAUCAAUGGAUUCUUGUCGAUCCUUCCCCUUCAUCUUUUAUCGUCAUGGCAGGCGAUGCAUGCAUGGCAUGGACAAAUGGGAGAAUAGAAGCUCCCCAGCAUAGAGUGAUAAUGAAGGGAACUGAAGAGAGGUAUUCGCUUGGGGUAUUUACAUUCAUAAGGGAUGAGAUUAUUCACACCCCGGAAGAGCUAGCGGAUGAAGAACAUGAGAUUCAGUUUCAGCCGUUCGAUCAUUACAAGUACAUCGAUUUCUAUUACACUGACGAAGGAAAGAAAUCAAAGUGUCCUAUCAAGUCAUACUGUGGGGUUUGAAAUUGGCUUUCACGUCGAUUAAGUGUAACAUUUGUACGAUGUGUGUGAGUGAAAUGUGUGGUGAAAAUGUGGAAUUAACGUAUUUUCAAUUCAAGGUUUAUGUGUAUGUUUUUAAUGAUGCUUUUAGAUAUGUAAUUGUAAUAUUAUUUAGUGAAUAAAUUUCUCAAAAUUAUCUUAUAAA